UUGGAAUAUACAUUGAAAACUGUAGACUUGUAGGUCACUAGUUUGUGAGGUAUCAGUGAGGUUUAUGAUCCCUUAAAUGGUGCUGACCGUAUAAUUAUUACUAUUUACGUUUCUCAAAUUUAAAAUUCUGAUUUUCAUUUACGUAGUUUUUUAUCAGUGUUAUUCUUUUGUUGUUAUAUUGUUAAGUGUUUAAAGUUGACAUCGAACAUGCCUGUCUUCCAUACAAAAACAAUCGAAUCUAUUUUGGAGCCUGUGGCACAGCAGGUGUCUAGGCUAGUGAUAUUACACGAAGAAGCGGAAGAUGGAAAUGCUAUGCCCGAUCUCGAACAGCCUGUCAAGGUCGUUAGUAAUGCUGUUCAAAAUCUCAUUAAGGUUGGAAAAGAGACAAUCAACGGUUCUGGUGAUGAAAUAUUACGACAAGAUAUGCCUACCGCCCUAAUUCGUGUAGAAAAGUCUUCGAAAUUGCUGGAAGAAGCCAGUGCCAUGUUGAAACAGGACCCGUAUUCAGGACCGGCGAGAAAAAAAUUAAUAGAUGGAAGCGGGGGUAUUUUACAGGCCACAUCUGCCUUAUUAUUAUGUUUCGAUGAGUCGGAGGUUCGAAAAAUAAUUCAGGAAUGCAAAAGGGUUCUCGAUUAUCUCGCUGUAGCAGAAGUUAUAGAAACCAUGGAAGAACUGGUCCAAUUUCUACGAGAUCUCAGUCCAUGUUUGAGCAAAGUGACGAGGGAAGUUAGUGCCAGAGAAAAAGAGUUAACCCACCAAGUUCAUGCAGAAAUUCUGGUCCGUUGUUUGGAGCAAGUAAAAACGUUAGCUCCAAUAUUGAUAUGUUCGAUGAAGAUCUACAUUCACAUUAUAAUGCAGGGUGGCAAAGGGGCCGAAGAGGCUGCAGAAAACAGAAAUUAUUUGGCUAGACGUAUGUCAGACGAAAUCAACGAGAUAAUUAGGGUGCUUCAAUUGACCAGUUAUGACGAAGAUCAAUCUGAACUUGACAAUCUAACGGUGCUAAAAAAACUCCAGAACGUUAUACAAAAUAAAAUAAAUAACGCCAAUGAUUGGCUUACGGAUCCACAUGCUGUUAAAGGAGGCCUCGGAGAGAAGUCUUUACGUCAAAUAGUCGAGGCAGCUCAGAAGGUAGCUGAAAGGUGUUUACCAAAGGAUGCUCAUGAAAUUAGACGACUUUGUUCAGAAAUAACAACGAUGACUGAUGCUCUUUGCGAACUUCGCCAGGACGGUAAGGGGGCUACGCCACAAGCAGAAUCUCUUGCUCGCAGCAUACGGGACAAGUUGGGGCAGUUGCAGCAGGCAGUAUUAAAUGCUGUUGUUGCUGUCGAUAAAACAGGUCUCCAGCAAGCAGCACACACUGUGCAAGGAAGACUAGAACAGGCUCGAAAAUGGUUGUCUAAUCCAGCCCACGACGAUAAGGGACUAGGUCAGAGGGCUAUCGCUUUGAUUGUGGACGAAGGUAAAAAGGUUGCUGAAGGUCUUCCUGGUAUCCAGAAGGCCGAAAUUCUUCAGUUGUGUGAUGAAGUUGAAAGUUUAUCCAAUCAGUUAGCUAAUUUGUGUGCCCAAGGCAGGGGCGACACUCCUCAGGCUCACGAAAUUGCUCGAAAAUUGUCUCAGAAACUAAACGAAUUGAAGGAACGAAUCAGUGCGACUGUGACAAACAGGGUUGUUGAAGAUUUUAUAGAUAUCGUUACGCCGUUAAAACAAUUUACAGACGCCGUGUUGGCCCCCGAAGGUACUCCCAAUCGCGAUCAGAAUUUUUCUGACAAAGCAGCCGCUCUUCAACAGUUUUCUAAUCGGGCUGUUAAGACAGCUAAAAUGGUAGCAGCAGGAGGCAGUGGUGGUAACAAGAAGCUUGCAGAGGCUCUUCAAAAUGUUGCGAAUCAGGUAGAAAGUCUUACGCCUCAGUUGGUUUCUGCUGGCAGUAUCCGGCUUAACUAUCCUACAUCGAAAGCAGCCGAUGAACACUUCGAGAAUCUGCGGCAACAAUAUGCAGACACGUUACAUAAGGUGCGAGACUUGUGCGAUGAGGCCACGAAUUCAGGAGACUUCAUAAAAGCGUCAGAGGAGCAAAUGAAAAAGCACACUUUCUUAUGCGAAGAAGCGAUUAAAAAUAAGCAACCCCAGAAGAUGGUGGAUAAUACUUCAGCAAUUGCUAGGUUAACGAAAAGGGUUCUUCAGGUGGCUAAGCAAGAGUGCGACAAUUCCGAAGAUCCUCAUUUUAUACAUGAACUGCAAGCGGCUUCAGAUACAUUAUUAAACUCUGUCCCAGUAAUGGUUCAAGAUGCUAAACAAGUGGCCAUUAAUCCUUCGGACCAUGCUGCGGUGUCUCGUUGGAGGGAAUCCAAUAGAGGUUUAUUAAAUGCAGUGGGUCAGGUUCGCAGAGCAGUUCAGCCUGAUGUUCCACCCCUACCUGAUAUUAAUAAUCUGCAUUUGGAGCCGCCUAUUGAAAGAACUUACUUCACUGAGAAAGUUGGUGAACCGUUACGUAACACUCCAACGCCGGGAGGUGAGUCUGGUAGACUCACCCCCCAUUCUCCUCACCAAUACGGCAGAGUCAGCCCACUUCCCAAGUGGGCUCGAGAGGAAAAUCCCGAUCUUCUUUAUCAGGAACUGUCUAAUAACAAUCUAGAACAAGAAUCUGCUCCACCACGUCCACCACCACCUAUGGAGGACGGGAUUGCCCCAAUGAGGCCACCACCACCAGAAACUGACGAUGAAGAUGAUGUUUUCAAACAUGCCCCAAGUUCUAGUCAACCAAUUAUGGUUGCUGCCCAUAAUUUGCAUAGAGAAGUAAGGCAGUGGUCUGCCAAAGAUAACGAACUUAUAGCAGCUGCUAGGAAAAUGGCCCUGCUUAUGGCCAGAUUGUCCGAACUCGUUCACAAUGACGAUAAGGGUAGCAAGAGGGAACUCAUAGCAACGGCCAAAGCCAUAGCAGAAGCGAGUGCUGAUGUAACAAGAAUCGCCAAACAGCUUGCUCGAGAAUGCACGGACAAAAGGAUCAGGACUAAUCUCCUUCAAGUUUGUGAACGUAUUCCUACAAUUGCAACCCAGCUGAAAAUUUUGAGUACCGUUAAAGCCACUAUGUUGGGAGCCCAGGGUGAGUUUUUAAAUAAAUCUUUAUUGUAUGUGCUUGUAUAAAUUAAGGAAUUAAUUAGAUAUUAAUUAUUUCCUUAAGUUCACUCACAGCGUCUUCAUUUUAUUUAUCAUAUAUCGCCAAAAAUAAUAACCGUUUACUAACAUUAAGUGUAAAAUAUGGCGCUAUUUCGUUACACUGCUUGUGUAUGUAUUAAUUAUUUUUGUGUAUGCUUAUUGCGAUACAUAACUAUCUAAUUUAUUGGUAAUGGUUCCAUAUCCCUAAAAAUGAGGUCUCACAUUCAUUGUUUAUUAAUUUUUGUUAAUUAUCUGCGUCUAAAUUUGCGUAAGUCGUAAUCCUCUAGGUACCUAAAUAAAUUUUAUGUGCGUUUCUUACAUUAACAACGUAAUAGUACCGCCUGUGGCCGAAAUUCUGCCAACUGUGGUAAAAGAAGGGUAUUGCAAGGGGUCCGGACAAGGAUUCACUUAAAACAUCCCUACAAUUUUAGUGAUAUGAAAAUCACACAAUGAACUUUUUCAAUAUUCUCGAUUUUUCUUUACAUACAGACACAUUUACCUGUUAUUUGAUACCAAUUAUGACCAUACAUAUGUAUGGAAAUGAUAAUCGCGAACUAGAACUUUACUCGUAAAAAAUUCAGGUACGCACGCGUGGGCUGUAUGACUAGUCGUUCCGCACUCUUAAAGAAUGCCGAGACCUUUUCCCUUUUAUUUACAUGCUUGUAAAUACAUACUGUAAAUAUUACGCAGUCAUUUUUUACUUGCUUACUAAGGAGGAAAGCCAGGAAUACCUAAAAAAGGUAAAGCACUUAGCCUUCCGUAUCUUCCUGUUGUGGUUCUUUUAUUUUAAAUUUCUUUAAGGCUUACAUUUCACUUUAAUGCACUGUAGAUCAUUAUUAUUAAAAUUUGUGUCGAAUUUGCAUCAACAAUUUAACAUUUUCUUUACUUAAGUACAGAA